UGAAUAAGAACCGGUUCGAUCCGGUUGGGCGCGAAUUUGAAAGCAGGUUUAUAAGCAGCCAUUAGAUAAGGAGUCUGUCGACCGUUUCGAAUCAAAAUGGCAGCGAAGAAGCGAGGCGGGAGGAAACGUGGUGCGGAAACCAAGAAUCAAAACGAAUCUAAAACUAAAAAGACCGAUAAUAAUCCCGAAGAAACUACUAACGAAGAAGAGAAGGAUACGAAGAAUGAAGAAACGAAUGACGUCGAUGUAAAACCGGAAGAAGAGAAGGUGGAGAAAAGUGAAACGAAAACCGACGAGGAGGAAAAGAAAGUUAAAAAUUCAAAUAGUAAAGAAAAAACGUCGACACCACCUCUUAAGAGGGCUCUUCGUAGUAAUAAAGGGGCACAGAAUUCUAACACCACCGACAUUCCUAAGAAAGAAAAGAAAGCAGCAACUAAGACAAGAAAACGUGGUCCAACAGUUGCCGCCGAAUUUUGAUGACUGUCCACCGAAACUUAAUUGUCGUAGGUCCAAUGAAGGGUGUGUAAACUUAAAGAAUAACGGUUUCCACUCUGAUGAUCACCAAUGACAAGGAAGAUUGGUUUAUUCAGUUACAACAGUGUUUCAUAUUUGGUAUUUUUUAUUACAUAAUCAAACAGUUUUUAGCAUUUUUUUUCUUUUGUUUUCUUUGCGAAAUGUAAUCAAAGAAUGUUUUCAUCUUAUGAGAAACUUUUUUUUAUCCUGUAUCCUAUUGUUUAUUUUUAUUAAAUUUGACAUUUUUUAAAAUAA